AUGGAGACUACAAUUCCCUUCAAGCAGCAGGAGUGUGAUGAGGAUGAUGGGAUCACACACUUGGUCUUUAGCAUUGUAGUUGUUUUGGUCAAUGUACCCUACUCUACUUGUAAUGGACCUCAGAAUCAGAGCAGAUGUCAUAUUCCUAUAAUUAUUUACACUAGCUGGUGUGCUGUUGUAGGAGAAUUAAUGCUACUUCCAGCAUUUAACGCCGUUGGCUCGGCUUUUUCAACAAUGUUAUUUUUGAUUUUAAUGGCACAAGGUACAGUGACCAGGUUGUCAGGGUCCAUGCUAGCUGAAGUGAGGGCCAGUGGAGAGAAUGUGUCACUGACCUGUACAGUGCAAGUCCCUGAGAAUAUCACACAUUCAUUCUCCCCUAUCAGCUGGUAUCGACGAGAACCCGACAGAAGCAUUCACUAUGUAGCACAUUUUGGCUCAGUUCCCAUCCCUUAUGUCAGGUAUUCCAGUAGAGUAAAUCCAAAAGAUGGGAUUUUCAAUUUUACCAUUUCCAACCUUCAGAGAGUGGACACUGGGAUAUACUUCUGCAUUAGGAGAUCAGCAUUUAAUUUAUUUCCUGGUUCCAAUUCCAGAUUAAUUGUGACAGACCCAGCAGUGAAACCAAGUGCCCAGAUAAUGACUCCAUCUUGGGAUGUUGAAGCCACAGUUGAGCAGGACCUCAUACCUCUGAUUUGUUUGGUGACUGAUGCCUUAUCUGUGAAAGUCAGAUUAGUGUGGACAGCCUCUGGUCAAGAAGUGUUUAAUAUUUCAUUGGAUGGUCAAAAAUGGAUAAUGGGAGUAAAUGGUAGUUACACAUAUGUGAGCCAGCUCAGCGUUACAACUAAUACAUUAAUGAAAGUCAUCAAAUGUGCUUUACUUGACACCAAUGGUGAUGUGAUUGCAGAAGCCACCCUUAAAAAUAAGCAAAAUACAGACUGUCUUCAUCAGAUGAUACUUUAUGGGCUACCAGCGGUUUUCUUUGUCUCAAUGAUGGCUGUAAUUCUUACUUGUAUUUACAAGAAGUGGAAAAAAAGAGUAUGUGAGACUACAAAGUCAGUCUGUAGAGAACAGAAAGGCACACAACUGAGAAGGACUCUGGAGGAUGUGCCUUAA